CCUUCUCUUUACGGACCGUGGUUGCCGUGGUAUGGUAUAAGCACGGUAUAAAUAAAAUUAGACAUUCUUCAAUAAUUUUGAAAAAGAUCAAAAACAUUUUAAUUUGACAUCGAUCGACAGUUUUUGGUUUACAUCAAUUUUCUUUGAUAUUAGUAUAAUGCCUGAAGCUCAGCCUAGAAAUAUCGUGGAAAAAUUUUUCUCCGCAGUUGGAAACAUUUUAGAAGCUCCGACUAUUUGGGUUAGAGAAAAUGUUGUGAAACCAAAUCAACAAAGCUACCCUUGGUACCAUCAAAAAUUCCGGAGGGUACCUACUAUAGAUGAAUGCUACACUGAUGAUGUAGUUUGCCAAUAUGAAGCCAAUUUUCAGUACAAACGUGAUAAACAUGUUGAUUCUGAAAUAUUGUCUAUUUUACGUGAACGUUUUGAGGACUGUGUAAUGUAUGAAGCACCAGAUCAUGUAGAAAAAUGUACGCCUCUCCUUAAAAUAUAUGAAGAGGCAGCUACUAACUGGUUUAUUAAAUAUGGUGAUUUAGGAGCAUAUCAUGAUGCUAAAACAUGUUAUAUGAAACAGAAGCAUCGUUUAAUUUGGGAACGGAGGCAUGGACCAGUUGGAAGUGGAACUAAAAGUCAAGUCACUGAGUAAAUACAUGUUUUUUUUUUAAUUAGUAUGUAAAUUGCAAAAUGUAGGUAUGAAAAAUUGAACAGUUAAUAAAAUGUAGUAAUCAA